AUGUCUUCCUUGACAUUCUGGAAACCGGGGACAGUCGCGCCGGGAAGCAGUCUCGACAGAGCCACACAGGAGGAGGGCACUCUUGUCCAAUCUGCCCCUGCCCAAGGCUCGCUUUCCAUACAGGCCCAACGCCGGAGUCUCCCCAUUGCAAAACAUCGUGAAAAGCUCCUGCAUUGCAUCCAACAAUACGGUGUUACCAUCGUAGUGGGCCAAACGGGAUCCGGGAAAACGACGCAGCUUCCACAGUACCUCCUAGAAUCAGGCUGGGCAUCCGAAGGGAAUGUGAUCGCAUGUACCCAGCCGCGGAGAGUAGCAGCAACGUCAGUCGCAACUCGCGUCGCACAGGAGGUCGGAACCGUCCUAGGAGAGGAGGUUGGGUACACCAUUCGCUUCGAGGAUGUCAGUGACAAGGAAAAAACGCGUAUACGAUACAUGACUGAUGGGAUGCUUUUCCGGGAAAUCCUCAUCGAUCCUUUGUUGACGCGGUAUAGUGUAAUAAUGAUCGACGAAGCUCACGAAAGAAGUCUUUACACCGACCUACUUCUCGGCAUACUAAAAAAGAUUCGAAGAAAACGUCUCAGUCUCCGUCUCAUCGUAUCGUCUGCGACGCUCGACGCGCGAGCUUUCCACGAGUACUUCUGUUCAAACACCUCACCCGACGAAGCGAUUAUAGUCAGCCUGGAGGGAAGAGCACAUCCCGUCGAGGUUGCGUAUCUGCAAGAACCAGCUCCUGACUACGUUCGCGCCGCUGUCGAUGUAGUCUGGAACAUCAAUCAACAGCACAACGCGUCUGGAGAUGUACUGGUGUUUCUCACUGGCAGGGAGGAUAUCGAGCGAUUUUUGGAGGAACUCACGGAACUUAUACCCACUCAACGCCGUGGUGGAACAGAAAUCAUACCUCUGGCUCUGCACUCAGGUUUGACUAGCGAAGAACAACUGAGGGUGUUUUUCCCAGCUGAACGUAACACGCGCAAAGUCAUCGCUUCUACCAACAUUGCCGAGGCUAGCGUCACAAUUGACGGUGUGAAGUUCGUGGUUGACUGUGGUUUCGUCAAAAUCCGCACCUAUAAUCCAACAUCCCUUCUCUCAUCAUUAUCGACAGUCCCAGUUUCGCUGGCGUCGGCCACGCAGAGAGCCGGUCGUGCUGGUAGAACAUCACCAGGGAUUUGUUAUCGGUUAUACCCCGAGUCCUUCCUUGCAACUCUCUCGGCCAGUACACCACCCGAAAUAACGCGCUCUGAAAUGACCACACCUAUCUUGCAGCUGAAAUCACUUGGAAUAGACGACUUGAUGAAGUUCGAGUGGGUGACUUCUCCACCUGCCGAGAGUGUUCUUCGUGCUCUAGAAGGUCUGGUAGCUGCUGGCAUGGUAGGUGAAGACGGGCGGUUGACUGUGUUUGGUCAGCAAGCUGCAGAAUGGCCGGUAGAGAUGGCACUGGCUCGUAUGUUAUACGCCUCGAAAGAGUUUACGUGCGGCGAAGAGAUUUUGACUAUUGCAGCUAUGACAUCUGUCCAGGACGUUUUCGUGAUCCCAGAUGGGUCGCAAGGUGCCCUUGCAGAACUGGAACGACGAAAAUUCACAGCCGAAGAAGGGGAUCAUCUAACUCUGCUCAACGCCUACAACGCAUUCACAAAAUACGGAAAAUCAUCCUCAUGGUGCAAAGCCCACGCGCUCAACUUUCGCGCAAUGUCCAGAGCCGUCUCGAUUCGUUCACAGCUGAAAAGAUACAUGCAACGAUUCGGAUUGCCAACGCAAAGCUGCGAAGGGGAUGCGAAACGAUUGCGGCAGUGUUUGGUCAGCGGGUACUGGCGGAAUUGCGCGAGGUGGAUGGCGGAUGGGACUUACCGCUUAGUUAAAGGAGACAGGGUCUUGUAUGUUCAUCCAAACUCGGUGCUUUUUACGAGAAAGCCGCGGUCGGGUUGGGUCGUCUUCCAUGAAAUGGAAGAAACUAAGAAAAAUCAGUGA